AUGGCUGCUCGGACCGGUAGACAAUUCCAGAGGUACAACAAAGAUCAUCGACUCGUUGUAGGAUGCAUUCCGUAUAGAUACAAGAAGGGUAGGGAGGAAGAAGAUGAGUUGGAAGUUCUUGUGAUUAGUUCAAAGAAAAGUCAAGCUAUGAUGUUUCCUAAGGGUGGUUGGGAAGUUGAUGAAUCAGUGGAAGAAGCAGCUUCUCGUGAGUCAUUGGAAGAAGCUGGGGUUCUUGGAAAUAUCCAGUGUGAAUUAGGGAAAUGGGUAUUUAAAAGCAAGAGCGGUGAACUGUACCACGAAGGCCACAUGUUUCCGUUGCUUGUCACACAACAACUUGAUCUCUGGCCGGAACAAACUGCCCGGAGAAGACAGUGGAUGAGUGUGGCUGAAGCAAAAGCGGCGUGCGAGCAGUGGUGGAUGAAAGAAGCUUUGGAUAUAUUGGUUAAUAGAUUAAUCCUUAAACGUGGAAUUUGAAAUUUUCUAUCUACAUAAUAAUGUAUGAAAAUUUGUUAAAGAUCUGAUAUCAUAUGUGAAUUGUCUAUAAGGACCAUGUAAUUUAACAAAAUUUAGGUGUGCUUUU